UCUAAGCUCUGCACCAGGAACGGAGGAAUUCACAGCCAUGCAAUCGAUAAAUGACAUGGCUUUGAUCUCAAAUCGAUCAUAAUCGCGUGUCCGGAAGAAUCCAUCAGUGCAAGCGACAUCUUGUCUGUAACGUGCGUAUGGAAGUUAAUGCGGGCAUAGAAAGCCAUGAGGAGCGCGUGGGACGGACCGAGAAGCUUUUGUCACAUAUCUCAAUACCCAUCUCUAGUUAAAAACCAUCACAGAAAGUUUCCAUAAAACAGGAAUGCGGGCCCUGAAGGGCUCUGGAUUGCACCCAAUUUUCCUUCUCGCCCUUCUUUUCAAUGUCUUCCGACGGAAAUUCAAAACGAAAGGCCGGAAACUCAUCGAAGUUGCACAUCAUUUUGCUCAUUUUGUGCACAAAUUUGGCCUCUAUUUUCCUCUUCUCCGGCCCAUUUCACUGGAUUCCCCUGCAGUAUCUCCACCCCGACAAUGACUCCACCCACAGCCAAAAUCUCUCCUCAAAUCGUGCAAUGCAGGGGAACGAGGAGCUAAUAGCGAGUCUUAACCAGACAAGGCGGGAGCUACAAUCAUCAAAAGAGCUCUCGGAAGAACUAAAAGCCCAGAUCGCUCAGCUCACACAGUUUCUGAGAUCCUCUGUUCAACACCCAAACAGCAAUGACCCAGACGACCCAUGGCUGAAGUGGGGAGGAGGAUCGCUGCGGGCGGAGCUGAGGGAAUUCAUUUCCCCAAAGAAGCUUCCUCUGGGGAACAGUCCCAACAUCGGAUCAGACACCAUUUAUCCCUCUGUGGGACAGGCAUGUGCAUUGUUCAAGGAUGAUCUCAACCAGUACAUGGACUAUAAGCCCGGGGAGCUCUGCCCUAAAGACGAAGUUCUGGCCCAGAAGCUCCUGCUCUGGGGCUGCGAACCGCUCCCCCGCCGCCGCUGUAUUCCCCACAAUUCCCCCAAUUACCAGGAACCGUUCCCAUUUCCUGACUGUAUGUGGACCACUCCGCCCAAUUCCUCUGUCGUCUGGACUGCUUACACCUGUAAAGAUUACGCCUGCCUCAUCGACAGAAAAAACCACCCGGGUUUCGACGACUGCAAGGACUGUUUCGACCUUCAAUUCAGGGAGAAGACCCGCUGGCUCCGCCCUGGUGGAUCCAUCGAUUACUCCAUCGAUGAAGUUCUGGCCCUGAAAAAGGGCACAAUCCGCAUCGGGCUCGACAUUGGCGGCGGAACGGCGACCUUUGCAGUCCGGAUGCGGGAGCGGAACGUGACGAUUGUGACCACAUCCAUGAAUUUUAAUGGGCCUUUCAACAAUUUCAUUGCUUCCAGAGGACUCGUGCCGCUUUACAUCACCAUUACUCAGCGCCUGCCCUUUUUUGACAACACUCUUGAUAUCGUUCAUUCCAUGCAUGUUCUUAGUAACUGGAUUCCUACCCAGUUGCUGGAAUAUAUACUGUAUGAUAUAUAUAGGAUCUUGAGGCCUGGAGGGGUUUUUUGGCUCGAUCAUUUCUUUUGCAUCGAGGAUCAGCUGGAAACUUUUGUGCCCAUGAUUGAAAAUCUGAGGUUUAAUAAGCUCAAGUGGAGUGUUGGGCGUAAGUUGGACAGAGGGCCUAAGUUUAAGGAAAUGUAUAUCUCGGCUCUCUUGGAGAAGCCUCUUGAGAGGCACUCAUAAUCAUUAGCAGAGUAGUUUUAGUUUGUAGUUUUAAGCUUCAUGCACUGUGAGCACUUCUUUGGGUUUACAGCUCAACUGGGUUUUUUUCAAUGGUUGUCUAGUCGGACAAAAAUCACACAUCUGUGAAAGGAAACGAUUUUGUGAUUGAUAGGUAUGUUAAGUUUAUUGAUAAAAUCUUAAACAUA